AUGUUGGCGACUAAUGAUGGCAUGAUACAUGCUGGUACUGCGGCAUUUAUCACUGAUGCUGUCGAAGUAGACCAGAUACAACCUCCCAGAUUAGACUGUACCAUGACUGCAAAAGAUGAUGAUGCUCUCAACUCAACCGGGCCCGAUUCUUCCGCAGAUACCACCGUAACCGCGGUUUCUACGCCCACGCCUGCAACGCCGCAAUCGGAACAUUUUGCCUUGUCAAAGCCCAUCGCGAGGGAUAACCAGGCGGGGGGAAACGAGACUUCUCAGAACUUGAAUAAUUAUAUUGGCGUUGGUGUUUUGAGGAGGCGCAAUGAAGGCUACGAUAACGAAUCCGCAGCCCCUGUCGAGCCUGAUAACUUUCCGGCGUCGGAAGUCGCGGCCUUGGAAAGAAACAGCUGGAUCUGGACUGAAACAAUAGCAUCUGGGGAGAAAUCACUGCGGAGUGGUGUUCGCGUUUACGUGCUCCCUGAUGACGUCGGGCGCAAGUCCAUCCCGCGGUCGAGCACAGCAUUGAGGCGCGCACUCAAGGCAGUCAUGAUGAGGAUCGACAGAUCAGUUGAAGCGUGGAACGGAAGUGUGCACGUAGAUCUGAAGGUUGUCGAUAACCCUGUGGGUAGUUUGGAGGACGAGUCUCUUUGGUAUAUCUUCAAUACGCUACAGGAUCCGGAACCCCAGUUGGAUAGAAUCAGGAAUGUGUAUGCGAGAAGAGCGAUGCGAGAGCUACUUACAGUAACUGCGCAUGGAGAGGAGGAAUCAGGCCAAGAUUACUCCGGGGUGCUGGGUCUGAAGACGCCUUUGUACCCUUACCAGCGUCGUUCGGCUGCUACUAUGGUCCAGCGGGAAGCGCAGCCUGCGCAGAUGUUGGAUCCGCGGCUGCAGGCAUUCAAGAGCCCUAGAGGCGAGGAAUACUACUACGACAAGGAAGAAGGGAGCAUAUUUAGGGAGAAGAAGAUGUAUUCGGAGGCCUGUGGAGGUAUACUUGCGGAAACCAUGGGUUGCGGUAAGACACUCAUUUGCUUGGCUGUAAUCCUGGCAACGCGUGGUCACUUUCCCGAGAUACCGCUCGAAUACCAGGAGAUGAAGAACCCCGUCCGAGAAGUGACGGGAAGUCUUGUUGAGAUGGCGGCGGCGACAGCAGGCCGCUUCUCACUGCCCUGGAAAACCCACUUCGACACUCUGGGCUAUUACGGCACGUUCUAUGAGCGAUGUGUUAAGGAGUGUGAGAGGCACCGUGGCGCGUAUACUAUACCUCCACCUCCUGCAAGGCACAAAGGUCGAAGUGGAGUGGCGUAUCCUAGACCGCCGCCUCAGCAAAUCCGUCUUUGUUCGGGGACUUUGAUCGUCGUGCCCCCUAAUCUGGUCAACCACUGGCAGAAUGAAAUUUCGGCACAUACCGAUGGCUUGAAGGUGCUUGUACUACGAAACAGCUCUGACAAGACCCCCUCACCAGAUGAGCUUCUGCAGUACGACAUCGUUCUGUUUUCGCGAAUCCGCUUCGAGAAGGAGGCGGGCGAGGUGGUCAAUAAUAGACGUAACUCCUUUACGCCCGAGGAGUCACCUUUGACGAAACUUCAUUGGCUUCGGAUAAUUGUCGAUGAAGGCCACAAUGUGGCUGGUAGUGGUAAUCGGACCACCAUGAUGCAUAUCCUGAGCCAGCUUCACAUUGAGCGUCGGUGGAUAGUGUCGGGAACCCCAUCCAGCGGGCUGUAUGGGGUAGAAGUCAGUCUGGCUUCACAGGAGACACAUACUAGCGAAACUGAUCUAACCGAGGCUACUACGACUGUACUCCGAGGUAGAAAGAAGACAGGGAACGCCUUGGACAGUGAGCUCAAGGAUCUCGACAAGCUACGAUAUAUCGUGAUUGACUUCCUCGACCUGAAGCCGUGGUCUAACCCUCGAGCAAGUGACCCGGCUAACUGGACAAAGUACAUAAAGCCCGUCGGCGAAGAUGGCAGGCGACGGAAAGCACAGUCUCUCCGGGCUACCCUACAGAGCCUUGUUGUGCGACACCGUCUGGAGGUCAUCCACAGUGAGAUUCCUCUACCAAGACUGCAUAACAAGGUCGUCCAUCUGGAGCCUACCUUCUACGACAAAUUGAACUUGAACAUAUUCAUCUUCGGCCUAGCUGUCAAUGCCGUCACUUCGGAGCGCAGCGACCAAGAUUACAUGUUCCAUGCUCGCAACCGCAAGCACCUUAGCACUGUUAUCAACAACCUUCGUCAGGCAGGAUUUUGGUGGGCUGGCUCGGACGACAUCUCCCCAACGAUCGACAUUGCCUUAAAGCAUUUGGAACUACGCUCGGACAAAACAAGCGAAGAGGACGUAGAGACAUUACGUGAAGGCAUUCGAAUUGCACAAAAGGCUCAAGCAUCUGGAUGUUGGUGCGCUUUCAAGAGGAUGCAUGAGCUCGGUGUCUUCAUCCAGGACUUCCCUGAACACGCCCGGAGUAUGUGGGCAAUUGAUUCGUCAGUCGCGCACCAAGAGCCACUUCUGCUGGGCAUCACCCAGGCGCGUCACGCACAGAAAUUUGUGACGAAGCAUCUGAACACGUACGAUCCAGCAGAAGGGCUUGCCGGUGCAGGAAUCAAGGCCCGUCGCGAGCUCUCAGGACGAGAAGGGGACAAUCUGAGUCCGAAGAAGACCACACCAGACAAACCCGUCAAAAGCAACUCACCCAAAAAGACAUACACCAAGGGACUAUUUAAGAGCUUACCGGAGGAGUCCCCUCUCAUGCGAACCAAACUCGUCGCCACGGCCUCAGCAAAGCUAACAUAUCUCCUGGACCAAGUAUCAGAGCUGCACAAAACCGAGAAAAUUAUCAUCUUCUACGACAACAACAACGCCGCCUUCUGGAUUGCCGAAGGUCUCGAACUCCUCGGUGUAGACUUCCGCAUCUAUGCCAGCACCCUUAAACCCACCAUGAGAGCAGAAUACCUCGCCCUAUUCCGCGAGUCAGAAGAGGUGCGCGUCCUUCUAAUGGACCUGCGCCAGGCAUCGCACGGCCUGCACAUCGCCAACGCCUCCCGAGUCUUCAUAGUCAAUCCUAUCUGGCAACCGAACGUCGAAAGCCAGGCCAUCAAACGAGCCCAUCGAAUCGGACAGACCCGCCCCGUGUUCGUCGAGACCCUCGUCCUCAAAGACACUCUUGAAGACAAGAUGUUGAAGCGCAGAAAAGCAAUGACAGACAGCGAGAUCCAUCACGCGGAACGAGACCUCCUGGACGACAGCACCAUGAGUUCCAUCAUCCAGAACGAGCGUUACAUCCCGAUGCCCGAAACCGAAGACUCUAGCUUUACCCGAGGCGCGUUUCUGAAACACCCUGCUGGCCUCUUCGAUCGACACAAGCUCGCAAUUGCCGAUGACGACGAGGAAGGAAUAAUUGGGCCGGGACUCCCGGAACACAGCACCCCGCGGAAGCGGAAACAUGUCAGAACUGUUGAUAUAGGCGAGAGCACCGACGAGCCGGAUCUCGUCACGCCAAAAAGGCGCAAAUCUACGUCCCCUGGUCUGGACUUCCUCUCGCCGCAGGGCAUCCUCAUGACACCGCCGCGAGUCUGGAGCAGGUCUCCUCGGGCGUCGCCAUUUCCGACGGUGCUGUCUCCCACGGUAGAAACAGAUAGUGCUCACGCGAGCACUGACGGUGCAGAAGCAGCUAGCAAACCGGGGAAGAAGAGGGUAUCUUUGUUCGGAGGCGCGUGUGCUGAUUGA